AAAAACAUUGGAAGCCUUGCUGCCGUUGUCUUGAUCAAAUGCACUGCUUCUGAGCUUCCCUUCCGUUUGCUUCCUCAAAAAUCUCCAUGAAAAACCCUUCAAGAUGCGGUUCUAGCACCCCGGCUCUCUGUCAAGUUCCUCUGCAAGAUCAAAACUUCUUCACCCAAAGUUCGUGCGACUUUUCUGCUGAUGCUAAAAAUGAAAGGAGCAGGAAUUCAUCUAAAACCCCUGAAUCAAAGAUGAGAAGAGCACCUCUUCGCACAUCCUGCAAGCGAGAUAGAAUAGCCCCACUUUCAGGAAAUCCAUACUUCACGUCAAUCGUAGUGAAGACCCAAGUCACUGAUCCUUUCUCGUUGGUGAUUCCCCGGUGUUUCCGUCGAUUUCUACCCAAUUCUUCUGUUGAUGUGGUCUUAUACUGCAGAGGCAAGAGGUGGAAGGCGAAAUACUCAGGACAACUAACCUUGAAGAGAAUAAACACUGGAUGGAGAGAUUUUGCACUUGACAAUAAACUGAAGGUUGGGGAUGGUUGUGUCUAUGAAUUGAUGGAUUGCAAUAAAUUGGAGUUCAGAGUGCAGAUCCUGCAAGGAGAAGUCCCAACUAUGUCUACUCAAGAUUUAGUUGGUUGAAGCU